CCCAAAAUCCAUACCAGACCCUUAUCCGAGCAUGCAGCCCGGCAGGUCAGGAAAGGGGGGGACGAGCAAGCCCCUUCCCCCUCCUGAACCAUACCAGGCCAGAUGCCCUCAACAUGGGGGGUUGCUUUGGGGCAGGGGGGCUCCCCCCAAAAAUCACCUUGUCCCCAUGUUGAUGGGGACCUAUAUUAUUAAUAUAAAAGAUCGGCCGUUGCCGAUCAUAGCCGUGAAAAUCAGGCGAUCUGCAAAAUUGACCGAUUUUUAUCCACAUUCACCGAUAAAAAAAAAUGUGCCAAACUCCCAAAAAACG